UUUUUUUUCCCUUUCUCUCUCUCUCGGGCAGAAGUGUCCUAGGGACACGAGUAAUUUCGUGGUUUUUUAUCUUCUUAUCUUUUUCUCUUUUUCUCUUCUGGGAAUUAAUUGAUGAGUAUCUGGAUUCUAAUUUCUUUUGAUUUUUUUAAGUAUAAAACGUGGUGCUCAUCCCACCACCCUCUUUUGUCUCACAAUAUGAUUGCCAAAGGGAUCCGUGCGACUGCGAUCCUCCUCUUCCUCCUCCUCGCAACAUGCACCCCGACAAGCAGCGCAACAGCGACAUGCUACUACCCUGACGGUACCAUCGCGAGCAACAACGUUCCUUGUUCAUCGGACACAUAUUCUGCAUGUUGUGGAAAGUCCGACGUCUGUCUAUCGAAUAACCUCUGCAUGGACACGGGGGAACAACCGUAUGUUCUGUCCCGGGGGGCGUGUACGGAUCCGAACUGGGAGUCGGAUAAUUGUCCGUCUGUUUGUCGUACGUACAUACAUGAUACUUCGAUGCGUUUGAGUAAUUGUAUUGGUGAAUGGUGAUGGGGGAAUAAUGCUAACCUUCUGUUCUUUUGUACUGGGUAGAAAGUAUCAACAAAGACGGCGGUUGCUCGAUAAUAAAUCUUCUGUAUGAGAA